GUCUUCCGGGUUCCUCGUGAGGUUUUUGUGUCAAUAUAUAAUACUGUAGCUUUUGGCCAGACAUUGACAGAAUCACGAAAUUUGUGUCUCAUAAAGGAGAAACCAAGCGUAUGCUUGACAAAAAAAACAAAAUACAAUUGUGUCAAAUCUGACAGAAAAUUGAGUCAGUUUCAUUUUCUUCUUCCUGGUAAGAUAAACAACUUUUAUUUAACGUAACAAUUGACUUCACUAGCAAAAACCGGAAGGAAGGAAGCAUUUGAUUUACUACCUAGGUAGGCCGGGUAAAUAUUUUUAAUGUAUUAUGUUACUAUUACAUUUAUUUGACAUAUAAGUAAAGUCAUUUUUGGGUAACACUCCACUCUAAUGUAUAAAUGGGGUCAUGUGACUGCCGUCGCCUUGGUUUCCAACAUAGCCGGAUCUCCAUGAUCCGAUCAUCCCACUGUUAUCUCCACUCUUGAGCCUAUUAUGGGGAUCAGGGUGGCUCUAUACGCGGCGGGUCCAGUGGUGGGCGUGGCUACCUGCGGGGAAGCCAAUAAAUGUGCAAUGCAGGUAUUCAUGUCUACUGCAUGGAGACUGGAGAAGGACAAACAUGAAGGCGUUAACUUCAACAGAGCCUCACAGGGAGAGGAUGAGGAGGGUGUCGAAACCUGUGAUCGAAAAACGCAGACGGGAGAGGAUCAACCACAGUUUGGAGACCUUGCGCCUGUUGAUGCUGGAAAACACACAUAAUGAGAAGUUAAGGAACCCCAAAGUAGAGAAAGCAGAGAUUCUGGAGAGCGUGGUCAAGUUCUUGAAGUCGGACAAGGAGCUGGUGGAGAAGGAUGACCGUGCAAUGACAUCAGUCCCGCACAGGGACCAAACAACCAGGACCACCAACCCCCAGCAGCACGACUACCAGGCCGGGAUGAGGUCCUGUCUCCUGAAGAUCAGACACUUCAUAGCCGGUGAGAACCAGAACUCCGCCGGACGUGCUUCCAUUGGACUUUCUGAGCCUCAGAAGAGUCCACCAACCCCAGGAUACGUCCCCCACAAACUGUACCCCCAACAUCCGAGGCAGGAUGGGAUCUUAUCUCAUCCGUACUUGAGCCAAGGGGGUUCUUACCAGGACUGCGAUACCAGGAAACUCCUCUCCUCUCCUUCAGCCUGUGUCCAGAGUCCGGGCCCUGUUUGGAGACCCUGGCCCCAGUGAGAGCCACCCCCAUCUAGAUUCUAUUUUUGAUACCACACACCAUCAUCAUGUGUAAAUAUAUAUUCACUGUACAGCAUGGAUACGUUUCCGUACCUUAUUCUCUGUUUUAUGGCCUUUUUUGGAAACCUUUUUAUUUUUAUUGUGUAUAGAACUGGUACAUUUCCAGUUGAACUGGUCUUCCAAUGUGAUGAUUCACACAUACUUGAUCCACAUUGGAUAUGCCCAUUGAGAUGCUGAUGGAUGUUUUUGUAGUCUUUUUGUCAUGGAUGUAGAAGAGGGACCAUUCACACAUUGUCCACCAUCCUAGACACCACCAUCCAAUCUACAAAUGCAUGUUUUUUUUCAACCUUACGGCCAAUGAUGCUGUUGCAAAAACUGUAAACAUGUUGAUAGUGUAAAUCAAAUAAAGUGGCUUGGUUUCCCU